AUGGGAGUCUUCUUCUUCACCAUCUGGUUGAUCACUUUUGUUUGUCCUUAUAUCUACUACUCGAUCAGCUUGGGGCCCAUGCUGGGUUUUAUUUUUGGCGGAACUAGUAAUCUUUACUUGCCAUACAUCUGGUUCUUCGAAACAACGGAUAGUACAAACAACGACAUUAGCCAGCUAUUCAAAGAGAAAGCCCCAGUCCGUCAGUGGAAAAAUCAUAUGCUCGAGCAGGAAUACGGUGCAGAAGAGGAUAUGAAAACCUCGACCAUUCAGGAGAUUGAACAUCUAGUCAGUCUAGAUGUUGGCUUUGUUCAUGACUAG